AUGUUCGGCUGUGCCUACGCAGGACGACAGCGAUACCAUGCCAUAGAGCUCUUCGGCCUCUCACGGCGCGUUCAACGCUGCUUUGAGCGACGAGGAUUCCUGGCGGCCAGCCUUGACAUACGUUUGGGCCGGGGUGAUGAUCCCGAGCAAGACAUCCUUUCGCGCCGGGGGUGGUUCAAUUAUCUGGACCACCUCAUGCAGAUGCUACCUGGCGCUUUGCUGGUGGCAGGUCCUCCUUGCUCACUCUUCGUCUACAUGGUCAGUCCGGAUGGCCAAUGCAAUCGCCCGGAACUUCGCAACCCGGUUGCCUUAUUGGAGUGGGCAAACACCAAGCG